AUGGAAGAAAUGGUGAAGAACAUGAUCAAUCUUAUAGAAGUGGACGCCGACUCCUUCGCCAAAAAGGCGGAGAUGUACUACCAGAGGAGACCGGAAUUGGUUAACUUCGUCGAAGAGGCCUAUCGAGCUUACAAAGCUUUGGCCGAUCGAUACGAUCGGAUUUCAGGAGAUCUGCACAAGGCCAACCACGCCCUUGCAGCAGCUUUCCCGGAUCAGUUUGCAAUGCGAGACGAUGACGACGAUGGCUCGCCAAGAGAAUUCACUGCAAUAGAUACCAGUAAGCAUCGCAAGGCGCCACAAGUUGAUUUGCCCCUGAUUAACUUGAGAAACAGAAGUAGAGAUGCCUACACCCUGAAGAGGAAUCGCAAUAAGGCAAGCUCAAAUAUCACCAAGGAGAAUGCGCAGGAUGAGAUAGAUCGGCUUCAGAAAGAAAUUCUCAUUCUACAGACGGAGAAAGAAUUCAUCAAGAGUUCCUAUGAGAGCAGCCUUGCCAAGUUCUGGGAGAUUGAGAGCCAGAUCACUGGUUUUCAAGAUGAGAUAUACACCUUACAGGAUGAGUUCAGUGCAAGUUCCAUAAUCGAAGACAAUGAAGCCCGGGCCCUGAUGGCGGCGACGGCGAUCACAUCAUGUGAAGAAAGCUUGGUCAGCUUGCAGAAACAACAGAAGAUAUCGAGUGAAGAGGCAGACAUAGAAUCUAAGAGAAUCAGGGAAGCUAGAAACAGACUACAGUUCCUCAAGGGAGAGAAUUGCUUACCAGAAAUGGAGAAGAUGUCUGACAAAGAAGCAAGUAAGAACAACGAUGAAGUGUUUCACCAUAAAAAUGGUGGGCUGGAUCUGUACUCUAUGUGUUUACAGGUGAAGCAGCACUUCCAGAUUAGCUCUCACACAUCGGUUGUCGAUCUUGCCGAACGGAUUGAUGAACUUGUAGAAAAAGUUAUAAGCUUGGAGGUAACAAUCUCAUCACAAACAGCGCAAAUACAGACAUUGAGGUUGGAGACUGAUGAGCUUCAGAAGCACCUUCGGGAACUGGAGGAAGAUAGAGAAAAUUUGAUAACUGAUUCCAAAGGAUUGAAUGUGAGGGUGAGGCAGGCAGAAGAUAAGCUGCAUAGAAUUCAGGAUCUUGAGAAAAACGUGCAUGAUGAGGAAGGGAUCUUUCAAACUCAUUUUGUGGAGGCUUGCAACAGUCUGAAUAAUAUUUCAGAAAAACUAGAGUCUCCUAGUCAUAAGGAGAAGGAUAGCAGUUCAGCUUCUAAAAUAACAGAAAAAUUGGAGAAGAAGAGUAAUGGAGUAGAACUGAGAAAUAACUCUAAAGAUGAUAGUGGUGAUGCAGCUCAAAAGAAUGAGGUACAUAUGAAGGAGCAGCAUGAGCCUAGUGCUAUUUCACAUUCUAAUGAAGCUUCUUCUCAGAUAGUUAAUGCUUCAGAGAAAUCAAAAGUAGAACAACUUGAUGGAAUGGACUCAUCAAUAGUAGAGAAUAAUGAGCUUGAAGACAACGAAGGUAUUUCUGGGUGGCAGGAGCUGUUUAAUAAGGGACCAGAAGAGAGGCAUAAAAUACUACUCUAUGAGUACACGUCGAUUCUGCGAAAUUACAAAGAUGCGAAGAAGAGACUGAGCGAGAUGGAGAAGAAGAACAAAGAGUACCACUUCGAGAUGAUGGCACAGAUUCAGGAUCUGAAGAGUGUGAAUGCUGUGAAGGACCAGGAGAUAAGAGCUUUAAGGAGGAAACUGUUCUCUCACACUACUAAUGGUGCAGCAAGUUCUCGGAAAGAAACUCAAAUGCAGAGCAAAGAAGAAGAAAAUGGAAGCACCAUUAAAGUAAAUACAACCAAAUCAGAUUCUCCAAUUGAGAUCAUUGGCUCCGAAGAGGAAGUCAAGCUAUGCUAUUUAGAUCAGCAGCAUAAAACUUCACCCAUUGAGGAAAAGUUCAGAGCUGAGCUGGACACUCUUCUUGAUGAGAAUCUCGACUUCUGGCUAAGAUUCAGCACUUCUUAUUAUCAAAUACAGAAGUUUGAAACAACCUUCAAGGAGGUGCAAGCUGACCUGAAGAUGCUCAAGGGGCAUAAUAAGGAAGUUAGAUCAGCUGCUGCAUCCCCAAAGCAAAUAUUAAAACAAGAUAUGUCGCUGCUCGAUAAGAAACUGAGGGAGUUUCAUACUGAGCUCCAAGUUUGGCUAGAGCAGAAUGAAAUACUGGAAGCAGAGCUUCAAUUCAGGUUCAAAACUCUCUGCAACAUGCAGGAAGAGAUUUCAAAGGCUUCGAGUGACACUGAAAUUGAGGACUCGAAGUUCACUCCUUACCUAGCAGUAAAGCUCCAGGGCGAGCUGCUCAACAUGCAGCAGGAAAACAAUAAAGUUACGAAGGAGUUGCAAACUGGUUUGGAUCAUGUGAAAGCAAUUCAAUCCGAGGUUGUCAAGGCUCUAUCAAAAUUGAGGAAGAGCUUCAAUCUCUCGGGUUCCAAGGGGAACCAAAAAAACCAAAACACUAGGCACUGGAGCGCAAAAUCUAAGGUUCCAUUGAGAACUCUUUUGUUCGGCGAAAAGCGAAAGAAACAAUCCUUCUUCUCAUGCAUGAUCCCAGCACCCAACAGGCAUCAUGACCACAAGAAGUCUGGGUCUACUACUUGA